AUGUCGACGCGACAACUUCGGUCCCAAACUCUCGCGGAGAAGCGACACCAUCGCUCCGGUACUACGUAUGGUGCGUUGGAUCGCCCUGUCAAGCGGCAGAGGAAACCAGAACCUGUCCACUAUCAAUGCCACACCUGCGACGAGAGGAAACUAGAAAAUCAGUUCCCAGACUACAACCCUUCAAGCGAAUGCGAGCACGAGAUCCACACCUGCACUGACUGUUUGAGGAUAUGGGUCAAUGUUCAGAUAAGAAGUCGUCUGUUAACGGCGAUCGGCGAUGAUAAUACCUUCGGCAUCAGGUGUCCAGAAUGCCCCGCGGUCAUGAGAAAUGUCAAUGUCCAGAUGGCCACAGACCCGAGGAUGCGCUUGCAGUUCGAAGAGAUAGUGCGCAGGCAUAUCGCUAACAACACGCCUGGCUGGUUCUGGUGUCUCUAUCCUGACUGCAACGCUGGGAAAGUCCAUGACAGUACAGAGCAGACCAAUAUUUGCAUCUGUCACAGAUGCGGGGCGUACGCUUGUGCUCCUUGCAACCGACCAUUCCACCAGGGCGAAACGUGCUCAGCCUAUCAAGCAAGGAUCAAGGACCGUAUUGAGGAAGAAGAUCGUUCGCUCCAAACAAUCAGAUCCAGGACAAGGAAGUGCCCAAGGUGCAAGGUGAACAUUGAGAAGAACGGCGGUUGUAGUAGCAUGUUUUGUAAGCAAGAUUCAUGA